UUCACAAAACUUUAAAUGUUUGCUAACAAUCAAAUCAGGUUAUUAACUAUAAACUAUUAAAUUAAUCUUCUAAAAGCAAAAAAAAAAAAUUAUCUCUUUAAAGUUAAGGAAUAGCAAAUAAACACAUCAAAAAAAGGUAAAUAAAAAAAGAAAAUGGGAAACGAAACAUCGUCCUCAUCAGAUACAAACGAAUUCAUUCGUGAGUUUAAAGUCAAGUAUGAUUUCCAAACAGAAAUCAGCGAUAAGAGAUUUGGAGACGUUUAUGUCUACAAGCACAAAAUGGAAAAAAGAUAUAUCGGCAAGAGGGGACACAUGUGCAAUUCAGCUCCUGAAUACUAAACCUAUUUGAGAUCUUGCAAAUAGCGCAUGAACCUAAAGCAUCGUAACAUUUUAAUGUUGUACUAUGCUCACGAAGCUAAUGAAGAUAACAUUUGUGGCGAUUUUAACAAAAUUACAAUAUAUUUUGAAUACUAUUUCCAUGAUUUAGAGAAAGAAUUAAACAGAAGAAGAGAAAAUGGCUUAGAAUUCUUUAGCGAGUCCGAAUUGUGGUAUUUAUUAGAUUCUUUAAUUCAAGCUUGUUGCUACUUUGAAAAAAAUAAAAUCUAUCACGGCGAUAUCCGUCCUACCAAUAUUCUUCUUACUCCUGAAGGAUAGGUUAAAAUUGCUGAUCAUGGCAUCUUGCACGCAGACCAUUCUAACUACUAUAAAAUGUUAUCGCGUCGUGAAAAAUGUUAUCUAUCUCCAAUUUUAGUGCGCUCGUUGGGAGUCGGUGAGUUCAAACCAUUCCAUGAUCACUGGAAAAGUGAUGUGUAUUCUCUAGGUAUGACUUUAUUAGAAGCUGCUUCUCUUUGCCCUCCUUUGUGUGCUUACGAUUUCGAGAAUUAUUAAAUUUCUCAUCCUAUUUUAGAAGAGCUGUUGAACUAGUGCAGAGCUAAAUAUAGCGAUUUCUUUGUCAAUGUAAUUCGUGACAUGCUUUUGGAUGAUGAAAAUACUCGUCCUUCUUUUGAAAAUUUAAGAGCACUACUUCUGCCCUUUUAAAAUAGCAUCUAAAGCAACUAACAACUCUAGAGAAACUCAGUUGUGUAUUAAAAUCCUAUUUUAGUUCCUGUCUAACUUUAGCAGAGUCAAGCUUAUAUGCAACCUCAACAACAAAUUAUAUAGCUACCUCAAUAGGUAUAACAAUAACAGUCCAACUAAUAAUUCUAGGCUUAGAACUCUGUAGUAACUUUUGUCCAAUAGCCACUUUCGUAGACAGGUACUAGUUCUGUAACUGCUUUCUAGGCAUAAGAUGGUUCUGUCUCUCAAUAGCAAAUGCCAUUACAAAUGUCGAACUCACCUUUCUAACCAUAAGUUAUGACAUUAUAAUACUAAAAUGGAGGAGCAGCUUCAUUUGGCUCACCUUAGCAAUCAAUAAUUUAAUAUCCAGUUUAAAGAUUAGUUUCUUAGCAACCCAUGCAAAUUUAACAAUAGCAAGUUUAAUUACAGCAAUAGACAUAAUUAUCACCUUAAUUAGGGGCAUCUGCAAAUACACCUCAAUUAUAAUCACAGUCUCCAACUUUAUAUUAGCAAUAAUAAUAAGCUUAACCAUAACUAGCUGCUGAUAAUGAGUCUGAUAUAACGAAAAAAGUAAAUGAAGCUAUAGCAAAAUCCUAAUAAACUUACAAAAGACACUAAGAAGCAUUUUAAAAUUAAAAUGUAGGUGGAUAAAGUCCCUCUUAAGUAAUAACAAAUGGAAACAAUUAGGGAUUUAAUAUGAAUAGCCAAUUACCUAUUUAACAAUAGUAUAUUCCUUAAUAGUACGUACAAGCCCAAUAAUAAUUUGGUGGUGCUUCUCCAUAAGGAUUUAUUUAAUAGCCUAUCAAUGGAGGAUUUUAUUAAGGUUUUGGAUUAUAAUAGUAACCUCAAUAAAUCGCUUUCUAACAAUAAUGA